AUGCCGCUGGAGAAGAUCUACGUCAUCCGCCACGGGUUCCGCUCUAAUUGGCUCGUCGACCCUGCCACUGGCACCUACUCUGCCUAUAUCCCAUCGCCAACAGGAAUUCCCGCCGACCCGGCCCUCACCUCCCAUGGCGUCAGCCAGGCGAGAGAGCUGGCCAGGCACCUCAUGACCCUUGAUCCGCCCGUCGAGGCGGUGUACUCGAGUCCCUUCUACCGGUGCCUCCAGACCCUGGAGCCCUUUAUGCAGAAUCUUGAGCUGCGGAAACAGCAACGAGACCGGAAAGCCAGCGGCCCCGCCGCUGGCGACGACGGCGUGGUUGCCAGGCCUGCCGCGAUCGCCGUGCUCAAGUCGCUGUUUCCAGCCAUCGACGAGGGUUACCAGCCAGUCGUUGUGCCCUCGCCACGCGGGGAGACAUUGGCCCAGCUCCAGGAGCGAGUGGCCGUGGCAUUGCGCGGCAUCAUCGAGCAGUGUGACGCUCAGGGGGCUCGCUCCGCCCUUCUAUGCACCCACGCUGCCGUAGUCAUCGUGUUGGGUCGCAUCCUGACCGGACAGAGGAAGGGCGAGGCGUCUGGUGGCAAGGCCUCCCUGUCGGCAGAUUCUUUUGAUGCGGCUGCAAGCCUUAUUACCGGGGGCUGGAACUGCGAGCUCAACAGCGACUGCAGCUUCCUCAGCGGCGGGAAAGAGAGAGGAUGGAGGUUUGCGGGAGAUGAAUCAUUUCCAGGCACAGGGUCUCUCUCCCGAGGCGAUGCCGAGUCCAAGCUGUAG